AUGGCUUCACAUGCGGCAUCUGCCUGCAGGGCGACCAUCCUACUCACCGCCGCUUUGGCCGCGUUGGUCCUGCCAUCCUUAGCUUGUCGGAAUGCUCGAGCUCCGGCUCUUGCUCCGGCUCUCGCUCCGGCUUCAGCUCCAGCUCCGGCGCUGGCUCCGGCCCCGGCUCCGGCAUCUGCAAUAUUAUGUCAGGAUUGUGACUUGCAGUGUCAGUCGAAGUCGAUGUGUGACGCCUACGUUGCCGCGGCCGGAUGCGGAAAUGCCUGCAGCGGCGCGACGCCGGACUGCGAACCCUGCAUGACCGAGGGCCUCCGGUCCUGCACAGCCAGCUGCAACGAGGGCUGCUCCAGGAACUGCGGUGGCCAGUGCGACUGCACCGGCCCAUGCAGCAAAUCCUGCGGCGACGCCACCCAGCGCGCGUGUCAGAGCAAGUGCGACUACUCCUACUACGCGGUCAAGUAUUGCCACGAAUGCCAAGACAGUGCCCGCACGCGGUGCACCGAUGCCUGCAACACCGGCUGCAAAGCCAACUGUGUCAGCGGCUAA